AUGACUCACCGCUAUUGUACGAGACACAUGGUGUUUUAUCGGAGGAUUCCACGAAAUGUCACACUAUUGUCGGUGGCUUGUUGCGUGACAUACGCGGAGCCCUGUUUAGGCGAGAUGGGACGAGAGAAAGACGUAUCAACAAGGCUGAUCAGACCCACCAUACCCGAAUUUGACACUUCACGACUUCUUCUUUUUGUUGAACGAUGGGACCCUAACUGGGAACAUGAUGCGUCGAUUAAGAUUUUCGACGAAGGGAUUGCACAGUAUAUGUUGGCUGAUAUCGAGUCGCACUACAAAUACAUGGCAGCACUGAUUCUGUCAAAGCCAAGUCUUCGAUGUCGGCUAGUGGAAGAGGAACCGGAUGAUAUUCUGGAUGCAGAAGGGAACAGGAUCACGCUGACAAAACCAGCCAACCUUUCGAACGAUGAAAUUAAGAAGAUCGAAUACAUGAAGCAAAUUCUACACAAACGAGGAUAUCGGUUUGAAUGA